UGUAUUAAUAAAGUGACACGACGACAGCUGAAACGUUGACAGUUCGAGUGUUUUACUUUGUUUUUAUAGAUUUGUUUUGCUGUUGAGUCGAAUUGCCUGUUGCUGCCAUGUCCGCUGCCAUUGACGAACUGCAGGCAAUCAUUGCCGAGCUGAAGUCGGAGCUCGAGGAGCAGAAAACGACGACGCGCAAUGCGCGCGAGCGCAUCGAACGCAUGUCCGCCGAAGUCGUCGAUUCCAAUCCAUACAGCCGCCUGAUGGCCCUGCAGCGCAUGAACAUCGUUAAGGAUUAUGAGCGCAUACGCGACAAGGCGGUGGCUAUUGUGGGCGUUGGUGGCGUUGGAAGUGUCACCGCCGACAUGUUGACGCGCUGUGGCAUUGGCAAGCUAAUACUGUUCGACUACGACAAGGUGGAGCUGGCCAAUAUGAACCGAUUGUUCUUCACACCCGACCAGGCAGGCCUGUCCAAAGUGGAGGCAGCGGCGCGCACAUUGAGCUUCAUCAAUCCCGAUGUGUGCAUUGAGACACACAACUACAACAUAACCACAGUGGAUAACUUCGAUCAAUUCCUGAGCACGAUCUCUGCGAGUGGCAUUGCGGUUGGCCAGCCCGUCGAUCUGGUGCUCAGUUGCGUGGACAACUUUGAGGCACGCAUGGCGAUCAAUGCCGCCUGCAAUGAGAAAAAUAUGAACUGGUUUGAAUCCGGCGUCUCGGAGAAUGCCGUUUCCGGCCACAUACAGUUCGUACGUCCCGGCGAUACAGCAUGCUUUGCCUGCGCCCCGCCUCUGGUUGUCGCUGAGAACAUUGACGAGCGGACGCUGAAGCGUGAGGGUGUCUGCGCAGCCUCUUUGCCCACAACGAUGGGCAUUACGGCUAGCCUCCUUGUCCAGAAUGCACUCAAGUAUUUGCUGAACUUUGGCGAGGUCUCUGACUAUUUGGGAUAUAAUGCGCUAAGCGAUUUCUUUCCCAAGAUGACUCUCAGGCCGAACACGCAGUGCGAUGAUCGCAAUUGUUUGGUGCGCCAGAAGGAGUUCCAUUUGCGUCCGAAGCCAGUCGAGAAGUUGGUGGAGGUGGAGGUAUCCGAUGAACCACUGCAUGCCUGCAACGAUUGGGGCAUUGAGUUGGUUGCAGAUAAUGUGCCGACAACGACGACCAAAUCCCCGGAAAAUACAAAUGUCGCCUUCGGUUUGCGUCUGGCGUAUGAGGCGCCGGAUAAGUCAGAGAAAUCAGAAACGACGGCUACUGCUGGUGAUGGGGUGUCGGAGGCGAGUCUGGAAGAAUUGAUGGCGCAAAUGAAGUCGAUGUAACAUAGCAGCUGAAAACAACUUCCAUAACUCCAUUAUUUGUAAUUAUAUAUUAACAAUUUACUUAUAAAACGAAUCACCAUUUUUUUUUUUAAUUAUCUAUCGAUAACAAAUGUUAUUAAGGGAAGUCUUAACAGUAGCAUACGUGGUACAAAUCUACCAAACCCGCAUCAAAAUGUUAAUAAAACAAACGUUAUUUCUGA